AUGCCGAUCCGGAACAUUGCCGUUGGCCGACCCGAGGAGACGUACCACCCGGACGCCUUGAGGGCGGGUCUCGCCGAGUUCAUCUCCACGCUGAUCUUCGUCUUCGCCGGAGAGGGCUCCGGCAUGGCCUUCGCCAAGCUCACCCACGGGGCCGCGACCACGCCAGCAGGCCUCAUCGCCGCUUCUCUAGCCCACGGAUUCGGCCUCUUUGUCGGCGUAGCCGUCAGUGCCAACAUCUCCGGCGGACACGUCAACCCCGCCGUCACCUUCGGCGCCUUCGUCGGCGGCAAUAUCUCCCUCCUCCGCGGCAUCCUCUACUGGAUCGCCCAGCUGCUCGGGUCCACCGUCGCCUGCGGGCUCCUCAAGUUCGCCACCAACUACCAGACUACCUCCGCAUUUGCUCUCUCCGAGGGGGUUGGGGUUUGGAACGCGUUCGUUUUCGAGAUCGUGAUGACGUUUGGGUUGGUGUACACGGUGUACGCCACAGCCAUUGACCCGAAGAGAGGCAGCGUGGGAACAAUCGCGCCGAUCGCGAUCGGUUUGGUAGUUGGCGCGAACGUUUUGGCGGGUGGGGCUUUCGAUGGAGCAUCCAUGAACCCGGCCGUUUCAUUCGGGCCGGCUUUGGUGAGCUGGAGCUGGCAAAACCACUGGGUGUACUGGGCCGGGCCUUUGAUCGGCGGUGGGCUUGCUGGGCUUAUUUACGAGUCCGUCUUCAUCGGCAACUCUGGCCACGAGCCACUCCCGACCGCUGAUUACUAA